AUGCAGCGAAUCGAUAUUCACUGUCAUGCUGUGCCGCCAGGCUAUCGGCAGUAUGCUCUUGAUAAUGGCCAUGAGAAGCCCGAUGGGAUGCCUGCCCUUCCUGCCUGGAGUGCGGAGCAACACAUUGCCCUCAUGAAGAGGCUGAAUAUCAGCAAGUCAAUUUUAAGCAUCACAUCUCCGGGAACACACCUGUCCACCAACCAUGACGAACAUGCUGCAAGCAUGACCCGUCAGACCAAUGAGGAGCUGUCUGCAGUCUGUAGCAACCAUCCUUCGCACUUUGGUUUCUUUGCUUCGUUGCCAUUUCCUUGCAUUCAGGAGUCCAUCACUGAAAUUGAUCAUGCACUGGAUAAACUUGGGGCAGUUGGGUUCGCAGUUCUGUCCAACGCAAAUGGAGUCUACCUCGGGGAUAAGGCAUUGGAACCUGUCUUCGAGAAGCUCAACGCACGCCGAGCUAUCCUUUUCAUCCAUCCUACGACGUGCAAUUUGCUUGUUUCCGGGGCCGCAAUACAGACGAUGAGACCACUUGACGAAUAUCCUCGUCCCAUGAUGGAGUUUAUGUUUGAUGAGACGCGUGCCAUAGCAAACCUUCUCUUGUCAGGCACGGUAUCAAAAUAUCCCCAUAUCACCUUUAUCAUGUCACAUUGCGGCUGUGCGUUGCCCUCUAUCGUGGAUCGUAUCGGCGCUUUCGCAACGCUUACUACGGGAGGAGAGAGCCAAAGCGAUGAAUUCCGAAAGUUACUGCGGGAGAGAUUUUUCUUUGACUUGGCUGGUUUUCCCUUUCCGGAUCAGAUCCACGGACUGCUCAGGAUUUUGGGAAAGGGCGGAGAGCAAAGACUAAUCUAUGGGACUGACUAUCCUUUUACCCCCGAGAAAGUUGUCAUUGGUCUAGCAGGUCAGAUGGACGAGGGUUGCAAAAAGCUCUUUGACGCAGAUCAGAAAAGCGCUGUGUAUUCCGGUAAUGCGGAGAAGCUUUUUGGCUUCCAAACUCCGCCAAAAGAUGUCGAAUUCUGA